UUCCCCUUUCCUGAUCCCGCUUUCACCCCUGUGCUUUGCGUUUUCAGUCACAAGCGGAUGUACAACAAUAUCACGUGAACCAGCAAUUUGUUGUCAUCUGUGUCUCGUUUUUCAAUUCGGCAGUAGACGUAACUCUCUGAUGCAUCAUGGCGAGUACGACCGAAAACAUUACUUGCGGUGGUUUUGUGUUUCUCAACAACUUUGACUCAGCAAAUCUAGCCAAAGUGGAACCAGUAAAGAUUCCGGAAAACCUCGAAAAAGAUGUCUACGAGAUUGAAGGCAAAACAACCAACAAAUUAAAUUCCAAAGACACGUUGGAUUACGAAUUCAACUUAUGGACAAAGCAUGAUUGUCACGGUACACAAUUCCAAAAUAACAAUAGGACGUGGUUUUAUUUCGGUGUCAAGUCUAAUCAUCCGAGCGUCUCAGUCAGAUUUAAUAUAGUCAAUUUGAACAAGCAAGUCAAGAUGUUCAGCCAAGGGAUGUGUCCAGUCUUUAAGAUUGUACCAGGACACUUGCACUGGGAACGGAUUCGCGAGAGACCUACAUAUACUGUUGAUCAAAAAGGAAACGAUUUUACUUUGUCGUUCCUCUAUUAUAUUCCAGAAAAUUCAAAAGCCAUUACUUAUUUUGCUUUUACCUAUCCAUUCUCAUAUACAGACUUACAAAAUUAUUUGAGAAAAAUUGAUAUAAGAAUGGAAAAAAGAAGUGUAAUAUGUACAGAUGAUAUCUAUUAUCAUAGAGAAUGUGCAAUAAAAUCUCUGGAGGAUCGUAGAUUAGAUAUAUUAACAAUAAGUUCUUACUAUAACAUAUCAACGGAGAGAGAAGAUAGACUGAGUAAUAUGUUUCCUGAGAAAAGCGAGGAGAGGCCUUACAAAUUUCGAGACAAGAAGGUAAUUUUUAUUAGCGCCAGAGUUCAUCCAGGUGAAACACCAUCUAGCUUUGUACUGAACGGUUUCCUCAAUUUUUUACUGAAUCGGGAAGAUCAGAUUGCUAUAAAUUUACGUCGCUUAUAUGUGUUCAAAUUGAUACCGAUGCUCAAUCCAGAUGGUGUUGCUAAAGGUCAUUAUCGAAUGGACACUAAAGGAGUAAAUCUGAAUAGAGUUUAUAUAAGCCCUUCUGAAGUAGAGCAUCCCACGAUAUAUGCUGCAAGAAACUUAAUAAAAUAUUAUCACAAUUCUUAUCAACUACCGAGCGAACUAACUGACGACCUAUCAAACAUAAAUUUAGAAAUUGUGAACAGUAAUGUAAGCAUUAUAAAUUCAACUGCGUCGAUAGCAAACGCUGUACGUGACACAACUACAAGACUGUUGCAACAAGUAACAUUUAUGUCAUUAGAUGAAAAAAACAGAUGUGCUUUGGAAACUAACGAGAAACAUUUAUCGAUGUUAGAACAUUUGGACACCGCAGUUAUUGAUGAAAGUGAGGGUUUAUCUAAAGAAAGUAAUAAAAAUGAUAACACUACAGAAAUUAAAACAAGUGACAAACUAACAUGUACAAUCGUCGAUAUGGGCGAAAUACCAAAAUCUUCAGAUAAUUCUGGAUUAUAUUUGUAUAUUGAUCUCCAUGGUCAUGCUUCAAAGAAAGGCGUUUUCAUGUAUGGAAACCACUUUACUGAUCCAGAAGAUACUAUCACAUGCAUGCUGCUACCCAAGUUGAUGUCUCUUAACAAUCCACACUUUCAUUUCACGUCGUGCAAUUUCGCGGAACGCAACAUGUAUAUCAUAGACAAACGAGACGGUAUGUCCAGAGAAGGUUCGGGGCGUGUAGCAGUGUAUAAGAUGACUGGUCUAAUACAUAGCUAUACUCUAGAAUGUAAUUAUAACUCUGGUCGUUUGGUGAAUACAAUACCCGCCAGAAUUCGCGAUGGGGUAAAUAAAACUAUGAAUCACGUAUUUGUUCCUCCGAAAUAUACACCGACAGUGUUUGAAGCGGUUGGAGCAGCAUUAGGUCCUUCCAUUCUUGAUCUUACUGGGAACAAUCCCAACAGCCGAUUGCCAAAUAGCCAAUAUCGCUCUUUAAGAGGAGUAAAAUCUCAUUUGAAACUAACAUACGUGAGCAAUCUUUCUGCAUCGCCCAGCAAAUCAAUGCGUAAGGAUCACGAAGGUUCCAUUGCGCGGAACAGCGGCAUCCUAAAGGAAUUGGAAACGAGACUGAAUGACGCGAUGACAGGAGCGAGGAAUGGUAUAAGGAGCGAGGGCAACUUGGUGAAGAAGUGCAUCCUUCGCCGCGGUUCCUCUUUUUACACGGUAGUGAAGAGGAUCAAGAGUAGUAAAAAACCCCGGCAGACUUUCACGCGUCGUGCGUUGAAGAAUCACUGCGCCAACAAUGUAGAGAACAGCGCGAUAAUUUGCGCAAUCAAAUCCGAAGUAGAGGCAAAGCCGUUCCUGAAGGCGAUUGAUCGCUUUCGGUCGAGCAAAUCUAACAUCGCAUCAACAAUCAACGACACUCUCGAACCACGUUUAAACUCUGCAAAUAAAAAACUAAUGACGACGAACAGCUCAGUGAAAAUGCGCGUGUCCUCCGAGGAAACAGCGAUGGUGAGACAGGGCGCAAAGAGACUGAAAGUCAUCUCAUCUACAAGAACAUCCAAGCUUCUUCCCGAGAUCGGGGAACCAUCUUGCGCCGCAGAGAAGGUCAACGCGAAGGGAUCUCCAAAGGUACCGCAUAUUUGCGAUAAGAGGCAGAGCAUUAAAAGAACGCGCGAUACAGCCAGGAUUGCUACACGUAAAAACCGAACGGUCUUCCAACUUGAAAGAAAUAAAUAAAACUGCCGUUAAGGAAAGUUUUGUAGGAGAGCACAAAACAAAAUUUAAACGAGCUCAUUAGAAUACGAAAAACAAAUUACUAGACUCAAAAGACUCAGGAAAUCAACAUUGCCAUUGAUCUCCUGUGCCUCCUUUCGGAGAGAUAUUUUGCAAAUUGUAAUUUAUACCGAGUGACAAAAAAGUUUGGUUAUAAAAGAGGAUGUUGAUUUUCCAUUAGAGUUUGUAAGCCGGAGGUCAAAAUGAGCAUCCUUCUUUUGUGUUUAUCAAAUCACUAGUAUAACGUAUAUUUACAAAAAAUUCUGGAGUGUUAGUCAUAUCUUAUUAAAUACCAAAAUAAUAACACGCAAAAUAGCCAUCUUUAACUUUGAUAUAAGUUUGAAGACGUUUUGAGAAUCAGCGAUCAUUGCCAUCAGAAUUUAUCCAUUUUCCACAGAUAAAAUCUUCCAGGAAGACAAUAGCGAGCGGUUUUUGAUUGGUAAAUCAACUGAUAAAAAUGUUUUGGUGUAGAAUUUGAUUGGUAUUUAGUAAAACGUAACUAAUAUAUAAUAUACAUUUUUUACUAUAAUGAUUUAAUAAACGGGCAAAAUUAUGUGGCCAAUCCUUUUUGUCAUUCUGUAUACAAAAUACGGUAAAUCGUGGUUUUAAUCGACGGAAAAGUGGAUGAAAAUGAGUAAAAGGAUUGACAUGGCACAGUUCUCCGAAUAAUGUCUUGAGAACUCCCCAUAGGAUGUCCUAGAACUAGAGCUCUAGAUAUACCAGAGCAAUCUUUUGAUUUGAGCCGAAUGCCGACAGCUUCCCAUUGGCUAUUUUAACUGCUAUUUUUAAUCUAGUUUUUAGUUUAUCAUUCAAUGAAUAAGUAAUAAAUAAGUAAGUUCAUUAAUUCUUUGAUAUGAUAUGGUUAUUAGAUAAAAAAUGGCGGCCUUUAGUGCAUAUCUUGUAAAUCUAAAGCUCUACCUAGGACCUAGGAUAUUCUAAGAUCAUCCUCUGGACAUUCUUAGGACAUCUCUUGGGCUACAUUUCAAAAUGUAACAAAAUCUUCCUCUCUAUAUACUAUAAUACAUGUUAUAUGUAGUAUUUCAAGUAAAAUCUUCCUCGGAGAGGAUGAUUUGGAAUGUACUUGGAGAAUUGUGUUGUGUAUUUUAUAUAUCCCGCAUACAAUAUGCAAAAUGUUAAAUCUCUUAUUUGUACUAUUUGAUGACACAACCUGAUGUGUGAUAUACUGUGUGUAUUCUAUCGUUAUAUGCAUACACUGUUUCGGAUUUUUCAUCAAAUGAUAAACUGUCUCUUCGCUCGAAGAGCAA